AUAAAAUAAGAGGGGUCGCGAGAACUUUCAAAAAGGGAGUGUGGUGACGUAACGUAGAGCUUCAAAUCGCUCACUAGUCAAGUUCUCACAAAUCAUCAGAAAGAUUAAGGUCGUGUUUCCGGUGACGCCUUUGAGUCGGUGAUUCCACGGAGUUAGGAAUGGAGGACGACGGUUCCAGCUCGAUUCGCCGCAUGUCAAGCCGAACGCGAAAAGUUGCGUCCAAAAUGGCCGCCGCACUUGCCAGUGCCGACAACCGCACUCAGGCGGCACUUGCGCGCUUGGAUGCUUUGGAGAAUGACAAUGCUGGUUUUGAAAUUGCAGAUGCCAAUAACGAUGAUGAUGAAGCUUCUCUCGACGAGGAGGAUCAAUUUUAUAUACAGAAAAAGCAGUCUAAAGGCACAAAAAGAAAGACCAGACAGGCAAAAGCACUUGAAGCUAGGAGGGCCCCGAGAACAUUCCUUGAGCUCUUGCAUGAGGCUAACUUAGAAUCAUUGCCACCUCACGUGCCCUCCUAUUGGAAAGCCGCAGUUGGACCUCCAAGCUCAACCUCCCGUCGCCACUUCUGCACUGUUUGUGGGUUUUCUGCUAAUUACACUUGUGUGAGAUGUGGUAUGCGCUUUUGUUCCUAUAGAUGUCAAAAUGUGCACAAUGAUACUCGUUGCUUGAAAUUUGUAGCCUGAUUCAUGGUCCACAAAAAUGUGCACAAGAACAUUAUUGGACAGACUAUUGUAACUUGUUAUAUAUCAGUGUUCACCAUCACUAUGUGCAA